CAUUCACCAUGCAUGAAAGAUCAUAUGUCAACACCGCGUUUAAUCUCUUGCAUCACGAUAUCCUCGACCCCGGUCACCUCGACGCACAUUAUACGACAUGACAAUAGAAACCGAUGUCUCCGCGCUGUGCAUCGACGUGUCAAAGGUGAAAUCAUUGUCCGGAGAAUCACGGAAAUCCUUUACAGGUAUGCCCACGGUGUGUGGUUUUAUUGAGUUUUGUUCCAUCAUUCCUGGCUUUCCCAUGUUAUCACUGAUUGGUCUACGAGGGUGCAACACUUCAUAUUGCUUACGAUGCUUAAUUAUAUAAGCGGAUUGUAACAAUGUGCGCUAUGCCGAUCCAGGAGGUUGGACCCCACUGCUGGUACUGGGUGGUGCCACUUGCUGUCUGGGAUCAGCACUACCAGCAGGAUAUAACAUAGGUGUUAUGAACAAUCCUGCUGAUCUUAUGAAAUCUUUCUGCAAUGAUAGCAUCAGAGAGAACUAUAAUAUACAAUUGUCCAACCAUGAGCUGCAAAUACUCUGGUCCGCUAUAGUAUCCAUCUUUCUAAUCGGUGGUGUAUCUGGAUCUUUAAUUGCUAGCUGGCUAAGUGAUCGAUAUGGACGGAAAGGUGCGCUGAUUAUGGGCAAUAUAUGCGGAAUUGUAGGAGCUAUCCUAUUUUUGCUUGUACGAAGCGUGAACUCGGUCGAAUUUUUCCUGAUUGCUCGAGUGAUCGUUGGACUUUCCGGCGGUCUAGCCACUUCCUUACUGCCGAUGUACAUGACAGAAAUAGCACCUUUAAAGUUACGAGGUGCUGUCGGAGUUUUAUGUCAAUUAGGCAUCACCUGCGGCGUACUGAUGGGUCAAAUUGCCGGAUUAAAGACCGUCCUAGGUACUCCUGAAUCGUGGCAUAUUAUGUUAGCAUCUUUCUCACCACUAUGUAUCGCUGCACUGUUAGUGACUAUCGCUUUGCCAGAAAGUCCAAAGUAUUUGUACAUAAUCAAAGGAGAACAGGGAAAGGCUCUUAAAGAACUCAAGCGUUUGCGCAAUAUGGAUAUAAUGCUCUUGCAAAACGAGAUCACCAGUUUGCAACAAGAACUGGCAAUGAGAUCGACAAGUGAGAAAUGGAGUAUCCAGCGCGUAUUGAAAGAGCCGACUGUGAGACUGCCAUUGUUCCUAGUGUGCCUAAUGCAAGCCGGUCAGCAACUCUCCGGCAUUAAUGCAAUUUUUUAUUACUCGAAUUCGAUAUUUCUUGAAGCUGGUCUUGGAAUUACCGGUGCUCAAUAUGCGACUUUAGGCACAGGCGUCGCCAACAUUCUCAUGGCAAUUAUCUCUGUGCCAAUAAUGUCGUUUUUUAGUAGGAGGACAGUAUUAUUUCUGAGCUGUUACUUGUGCGCGGGAUGCCUUACAGCCCUGUGUGUCUUUAUUAUACUAAUCCACACAGCUUCGUUCAUGCCAGUGUUUUGUACCAUUGCGUUACUCGCAUAUGUCGUAUUUUACGGUAUCGGUCUCGGCCCGAUACCCUUUUUCAUCGGUUCCGAACUAUUCGACGUUGGUCCUAGACCUGCCGCUAUGUCGUUAGGCAGCGUAUUUAAUUGGGGAGGAAAUUUCGUCGUCGGAAUGUUAUUUCCUUCAUUACAAGCCGCGAUUGGCCCGUAUGUUUUCCUAAUCUUCGCCGUAAUCACAUUGAUUUUGGCGCAAGUCAAUCGAGUUUAUCUACCUGAAACACAAGGUCGAAGCACGACGGAUAUAGCGGCAGUCAUGACUCGAGGUUUUAAAUCAAGACCGAAUGCAAUGCUGGCUACAUAAAUCUCUAACAUAUAAUUUAAAUAUUUUUACGUAAUGAUUAGGUACUUUUUAUAUGGCUUUUUAACGGAAUCGACAAACCAUUAGCACAAUGAUGCGCGAAUAAUAAUUCGCGCAUUAUUCUCACUCAGUCGCACGCUAAACAAUUUGUAAAUAAUUCUUCCCGAUACAUAUAUAAUAUUUGGGUAAGAGCCAAGUAUGCGCUUCGCAGGAAAAUUUUAUACUAUUAUACAUGACUAUUUGUGUAUAUUUGCGAAUAUUGGAAUUAAUGACGCAGAAUGAUAUUCACAUGUGAUGAGACGAUUAGAAUAUGUGGUUAAGAUUUUUACAUUUGUAC